AUGCAAGGCGAUACGCUCUUUCGCUGCAUCACCUAUCUCCAAGCUGCGGGGCUCACUCGACAGGCAGCAAUGAUGGUCGGCGAUGUGCGGCUCAAGCCCUCGCAGUCUCGGUUCUUGCUCGAACGGUUGAUCUACGAGUUCAAGCUACCCUCGAUACCCGGCGCCAAACGACAUGAUUCCAUCGGCCAAGUCUCGUUGCCCUCAACAUCGGCGCCAUCAUUUGCCGCAGCCGACGCACGCGUUGCAGUCCGGGAAAUGUGCGAUGCCAUGAUGAGCCUGAUGGCCGACGGCGUGUCGUUCAAGCGCAAGGUGGUCAACCGCAUGUUGAAGCUACUCAGCUUGACACGGGCGAGGAGUCGAGUCGUGCGUCUGCUGCGCGCGGCACAGCGGCGUGCACAGAUCCAAUCCCUCAGCGCUGCCGGUCAGGACGAACUUCGAGCUGCAGGAGGCUUUUCUCGUUUACGCUCGGAGGAGGUGAAGCCGCCGCAAGUGGUGUCCACCAAAACGAUGGAGGAAGCGAUCCGCGUGCUGUGUGGGCAGGACGGGACGGGGGCACGCACAGCGUACGAGUUGUUGUGUGCGCUGGAUCAACACUACCGAACGCCCGCGAUGUACGAUGCACUGAUGACGCGGUACGGCAGCGCCCCCACCACGCCAGUCGACUCGACCGGGCAGGCGUACGCGACGGUGGACGAGCAGCUCUGGCGCGAGAUCAGGGAGCUGAUGGGCGGGCCGACGCUACACACCCUUUCGGCGCGGAUCGCGUGUCAUACGCGCAAACGGCGGCUGGAUCUGCUCAGGUCAGACCUCGACUUUCUGCGUUCCAGCAGCUUAGGUGGGAUGCACGACUUGACGGAGGGUGCGAAGCUCAAUAUUGUGCGGUGCUGCAUCGAGAGCGGUUCGCUGCUCGCUGGGUUCCGGUACGCAUCCUCGUUCCUCAGCGCUUCAGGCGACACGCAGUUCCAGUCCAACGUGGUCACGACACUGUUGCGCUCUGCACAGCAUAUACAUAUCCCGCCGAGCGCACACUCGUCGGCCCCCUCGCGCGCACAGCUGCUCAAACGCUUCCUGCGCCACUAUUCGCACUUGCACGCCAAGCAUCCGCAGCUCAAGACUGAGCUGCGGGAGCUCAAGCUGUUCAUCCAGCUGCUCGAGGCGCAUCAGCAGUGGAUCGAGACGUCGACGCUCUGGAACAUGCUGCGCGUGGUGGGUGGGCAUUUUGGCAACCGAGACCAGCGGCUGGCGGGGGUGUUGGAGGCAUUCAGUCGCGUGUUUGAGGCCCGAGGCGAGGUCGAGUCGGCGAAAGAGCUGCGUGCUUUGAUCGGCAGACUGCAGCAGGUUGAGGCGGUGUAA